UCGUUCCACCAAUAUUCAAGGUUAUGAGGGAGGUUCAGUGUCCAUCAGUUGUUCAUAUGAGUCUGAGGACCAGAACAACCUGAAGUACAUCUGCAGAGGAAAGCAGCCCUCCACAUGUCUGCAGCAGGCACUAAUCACCUCUGACAACACACACAAUGCACAGUUCAGAAUUACUGAUGACAAGGAGUCAAGGAAAUUCACAGUGAAUAUUACCAGUUUGACCCAAGAGGAUUCUGGGUCGUACCUUUGUGGCGUCCAUAGAAACACUGGCCUGGAUGUUUUCUCUGCUGCUGAGCUGGAAGUCAAAGAGUGGUGCUGUGUGAAAUCAAACAUACUGACUGGCACUAUGGGACGUCCAUUAACUAUGCAGUGUCCCUAUCCACCACAACACGAGACAAACAGGAAGUUCCUCUGUAAGGGAGACCAGCGCAACAACUGUACAGACAUGGUGACGAGUCAAACCUCAGGCCAGACUGACCUCAGGUUCACACUGCAAGAUGAUGUUUCUUCCAGCUCUUUCUCAGUGACGAUCACAGAGCUGAAAGCAGAUGAUGCUGGGACAUACUGGUGUGGUUCAGACUCACAGUGGAGUCCUGGAAACUACACCAAGAUUCAGCUGUUAGUAGUCUUUCUGAUCAGCACCGUGGAAACUGUCAGAUCACAAUCAACCCAUGUCUCUGGCAAACAAAUCAAAGAUCCGUCUCUCUUUCACUCUGUGGUUUUCAUUGUGCCUGCUGUGCUGCUGGCCGUACUCGUAUUUGCCCUGGUUAUACUUUGUAAAUACAAAUGUUACAAAGAGCAAGGAGGUGGAGUCAACAUGAACAGAAACAGGACCAAGGCAGCAGAUGCAGAGGAAGCGAUGGGUGGAGCAGAUAUAUAUGAAAAUCAAGAAGUUGUAACACACUCAAAGCAGGUGAGCUCCAAACAGCAGAGCGCCUGUCACCAGAAUGAUGAUACAGGUGGAGACCAACAAGACUCUGUUUAUCAAAACUUCGACAUAACAGACGACAUCUACUGUAAUGAAUAGGAGAAAACUUGUACUUGUGUUUUCACUGAUUCAUGGUUUUACACUUUUCUUUUCACCUUUACACUCUUAAUGAUGCUUACUGCAAAUUGAUCUGUUAAUAAACUGAAAAUAUUAAGUACUUUUUAGCUAAAUGCUCCAAAUAUAUGUUACCUACAUUUGCAUGUACCUCUAGUAAAAGUGAAUAAAUAAACAAAACCAAGAAAAUCCAGUCUUUACAAAUUAUAAUCAUGAUUGAAUCACUA